AUGGCUCUCGAUCGACUGACUAUCAGAGCGAAGAAGAGCAUCUCCGACCUCUUCUCUCUGAUGAGCCUUCAAAAUGAGCCAUCCUUUCCGCCUGAUCAUCAGAAAGAGAACGAGAUCUCAGAUCCGAAGGGCCCCAGUGUUUCUUCGAUGAGUGUAGGCUCUGCAGCAGCAAGCGUCGGCAACGAAUCACCCAGCGAGGAUAGCCCAUCGAAACGCAAGGGUCUGAUGGGUUCGCUGCGAAAACAAAAGCUGCGAAGCAUUGGUUCUCUACGAAGUCUUCGCUCGCCUACCAAGACCAAGCAGACUGAUAUCAUUGUACCGGUACAACCCUCGGUUGAUGUGAUCGCUGUCUGUCAGAAACCUCAUACUCCAAAUCAUCCUCGCCAAUCGUCCCUCGUACUUGACUUCCAAGAGUCCCCUCCCGGGCAGCCGAUCUUUGAUCUUAGCCACAAAGAGUACCCCAGCUCCGGAUUUGACAUACGUCACUCAUCACCCGUACCUGUUCCUGCUCCAAACAAGCAGAGCCUGCGAUCGCCGGUCGAGCUAUCUGCCAUACCCAAUGGAACCGUUGUAUCUUCCCCGGCCCCAAUUCGGAAGAUCUUGGACCUGGAUAAUAAUACUGAAGAUAGCCCAUCAAGGGUUUUCGGUUCCUGCCGUGUUCCGAGCAUGAUCAUGUUGAAGGCAACAGCUCCCGUGAAAAAUCCUCUCUCUGACAUGCUUCGAGCUGCUGCAGAUCACUACCUUGUUCCGACCAUCGAUGCGCAGGAGAAGCCGAUGAGCUCGGAAUCGAUUGCGGAGACGAUUGAACUCAGACAAACAAAUAGCAACACAGAAUCAUGGAGCGCAUGGUCCGAGUAUCGCCGCGGCCUCCUUGACGAGUUCGAUGAAAAGAGUCCACCCAAGGAUGAGGUGCCUAUCGAGGCAAGCAAGGAGACAGCAAACAAUGAAGCAGUUGAAGUAGUGGAUAAGCAAGAAGAUGGAGCUGAUGCAAGACCCAAUGCGACAGCACUAGAUCUUCUCCGUCAAAAGCAACGUGCGAAUAUCUACCGCCGAGCAGACGGAAAACGUCAAAUGCAAGUUAGACUCACCAACGCAGAUAUUGGAAACGCAGAUGGAUUUGACAGGCAGGACGAGAAUGAAGUUGUCUCUGCGGGCCGGGAUGAAGACUUUACUGCCGCCGAGAAGAUAGUGUCGAAUAUGGGUGUCUUUGUUCGGGACGAUGAGAUCCUAGUCAAGGCUGAAGGCAUGGAGCUGACACCUGACGAGGCGCAUGCAGCAGGCAGAAUUCCAGCAUACGUGGACAUCGAUCUGGAAUCGUCCAGCCCCGAAGAGCUGGGGAAGCGCGGCAGCUCUUGGGGAGCCCAUACUGGACUUUACGACGGCACCGGCUACGGACCAGGAUCCACUUCACGUCCUAUGACUGCCAUCAAUGUAACGGAAGGCGACCAUGAGAGCUUGAUGCUAGUGCGAACGCGGGCCAACAACCUUUCCACCGGUACAGCAAGCUCGGAUACGCGAGAGUACAAGGACUACGCGGACUUUGAGGAUUUCCUUGCCACCCGCCACGUCUCCUAG